AUGGCGCCGAUUUCAGGUUCCGAUGCGGAGUAUUUCCGAGACAAGGCGCGCAGGGAUCUUUUGGCGUUGCUUGAAGGCGUGCGCGGUAAGAAGAAUCUGGUCAUCAGUCAGGAUCUGGCCGGUCCGAUCGGGCUGUUUGUCAAGUUUUCCGUGCUGCAGGAGUAUGGUGUAGACCGGGUCUUUCUGCUCGAAAAUGCCAAUGUCGACUCGACCCAGCGCAAUAUCAUCUUCCUGGUGCACGGCGAGAAGCCGCACAUGGUGCGGAGAGUGGCAGAACAAAUCAAACGUCUACAGCACAAUGGCAACGUUGAACAUGAAUUCUCCGUCCUGUGGGUUCCAAGGAGGACCCUCGUAAGUGAUAAGAUUCUCGAGGAAGAAGGCAUCAUUGGCGACGUCAACAUCGCUGAACUCCCUUUGUAUUUCAUGCCCCUGGAGGACGAUGUGUUGUCAUUAGAGCUGGAAGAUUCCUUCAGUGAUCUGUAUUUGCACAAAGAUCCUGGCUGCAUUUUCCUCGCCGCCAAGGCCCUCAUGGAUAUCCAACAGAGAUACGGCUAUUUCCCUCGAAUUAUAGGCAAAGGCGACAAUGCACGGCGCUUGGCAGAUCUCCUUUUACGCAUGAGGAAGGAACUAGAUGCCGAAGAGCGCUCUGGCCUGACUGAUCUGCCGUUUCGAGGCCUGCUCCCUAGUGCGGACACCGAGAGCUUGAUCAUCAUCGACCGCGAGGUUGACUUUGGCUCUGUGCUCCUCACGCAACUUACGUACGAAGGACUGAUUGAUGAAAUGGUAGGCAUUAGGCACAACCAGGCAGACAUCGAUACCUCUAUUGUUGGGGCAGCGGCUGCGCCGCAAAAUCAAGGGUCAUCCUCUAAAGCCCCUCCUCAGCCGACUCCCAAGCAAGGAUUAAAGCGGAAGAUCCAACUGGACUCGUCAGACCAACUCUUCAAUCAACUGCGGGAUGCAAAUUUUGCUAUCGUCGGCGAUAUCCUCAACAAGGUGGCACGUCGUCUGGAAAGCGACUACGAAAGCCGCCAUACAGCGAAAACGACGACGGAGCUGCGAGAAUUUGUGAAUAAAUUGCCAGCCUUCCAGCUUGAACACCAGAGUCUCCGCAUUCACACAAAUCUUGCAGAAGAAAUCAUGCGACAGACCCGCUCUGAUAUCUUCCGAAAACUUCUCGAGGUGCAACAGAAUAACGCUGCGGGUGCGGAUCCAACCUACCAGCAUGAUGCAAUUGAAGAGCUCAUUGCUCGCGACAUUCCCUUGAAGAACAUCCUUCGUCUUCUCUGCCUGGAGUCAUGCAUGAGCGGGGGCCUUCGUCCGCGCGACCUCGAGCAUUUCAAGAAACAGGUGAUCCAAGCCUACGGACACCAACACAUUCUCACCUUCAACGCAUUGGAGAAGAUGGAACUCCUCCAGCCCCGCUCCUCUGCCACGGCCAUGUUGCUUUCUACCGGCGGUGCCCAGACGGGGACUAAGACCAACUACAGCUUCCUCCGCAAGAACCUCCAGCUUGUCAUCGAGGAAGUCAGCGAGAAGGACCCGGAAGACAUCGCGUACGUCUACAGCGGCUUUGCGCCGCUCAGCGUCCGUCUCAUCCAGUGCGUUCUGCAGAAACCAUACAUUCUCUCCCUGCUCCGAGGCGGCGGUAGCGCCACGGCAACCCAAGCGUCUUCCACCCAAGCCAGCACCGCGUCGCCCGGGUGGCUCGGCUUCGAGGAUGUGGUGAAGAGCGCCCGCGGUGCGACCUUCAGCCUUGUACAGAAGGGCGACGACAAGGCCGUCCGCGCCCGGCAAACCAUCAGCGGUAACCACACAGCCAAGACCGUCUACGUCUUCUUCCUGGGCGGCAUCACCUUUACGGAGAUUGCGGCUAUGCGCUUCAUUGCGCAACAGGAGGCGGGGCGGCGCAGGAUAGUUCUCUGCACCACUAGUAUGAUCAAUGGAGAUCGCAUGAUGGAGGCGGCGAUUCAGAAGGGGUCAUUUGCGAAGAUAGCGGCAUAA